AGGGCUUGGCUCCCCAGGCCCCAGCCCACACGUCUGGUUAAAGCCUGUCCAUCCCCUGCCCUCACCCAGUCCCUGCCACAGCUGAGCAGACCUCCAGGAUCUGUCGGCAGCCCUGUCCAGAGAGCAGAGACCAUGUCUGACGUGGAAGAAGAGGUGGUGGAGGAGUACGAGGAGGAACAGGAAGCAGAAACAGCUGUGGAAGAGGAAGACUGGAGAGAGGACGAAGACGAGCAGGAGGAGGCAGCAGAAGAGGAGGCUGAAGGUGGGACUGGGGCUGAGGAUGAGACCGAGGAGACCAAGGCAGAAGAAGAUGGACUAGAAGAGGAAGCCAAAGAGGCUGAAGAUGGUCCAGUGGAAGGGUCCAAACCCAAGCCCAGGCUGUUCAUGCCCAACUUGGUGCCGCCCAAGAUCCCGGAUGGAGAGAGAGUGGAUUUCGAUGACAUCCAUCGGAAGCGCAUGGAGAAGGACCUGAACGAGCUGCAGACCCUGAUCGAGGCUCACUUUGAGAACCGGAAGAAGGAGGAGGAGGAACUGGUUUCUCUCAAAGACAGGAUUGAGAAGCGGCGAGCCGAGCGGGCCGAGCAGCAGCGCAUCCGCAGCGAGCGGGAGAAGGAGCGGCAGACCCGCCUGGCUGAGGAGAGGGCCCGGCGAGAGGAGGAGGAGAACAGGAGGAAGGCUGAGGACGAGGCCCGGAAGAAAAAAGCUUUGUCUAACAUGAUGCAUUUUGGAGGCUACAUCCAGAAGCAAGCCCAGACGGAGCGGAAGAGUGGAAAGAGGCAGACCGAACGGGAGAAAAAGAAAAAGAUUCUGGCUGAGAGGAGGAAGGUGCUGGCCAUCGACCACCUGAAUGAAGACCAGCUGAGGGAGAAAGCCAAGGAACUGUGGCAGAGCAUCUAUAACCUGGAGGCGGAGAAGUUCGACCUGCAGGAGAAGUUCAAGCAGCAGAGAUAUGAAAUCAAUGUUCUUCGAAACAGGAUCAACGACAAUCAGAAGGUCUCCAAGACCCGCGGGAAGGCCAAGGUCACCGGGCGCUGGAAGUAGAGGCUGAGCCUCCUUCACCAAAGCUGUCCUUGCCUGCGUUCCUGCCUUGCACACCUCAGCUCCUGGGACCCUGCUGGGACCCUCCUGGGUACCCAAGGCAGACUCCUGUCUGGAAACCAGGAGAUGCCCCGCUGGAAGCCAGCACUCCUGCCUGCCCCAUGCCCACACCAUGCCAAGAAUAAAAAGCCGUCACACACUGCA